UCAACAACAUCAGACGAUCAUCAAGCGCAUCGUGUGUUGGACAGUUGUUGUUUAUCCGCACCGUCUUCUAUUUUCUAUCAAGGCAAUAAUUGAAAAAAAAAGAAGAAAAGAAAAAAUCUUCGCGACGGCAACAAUCGUUUCGGUUAUUCCAGUGCGUUCAACCCUCUAUACGUUCUUCUACGAAUUGACAGACGAGUCGACGAUCGAAAUUCGUGUGUGUGCUGCCCCGCGCUUUUGUUUUGGGAUUUUGUAUCUUGUUAUUAUAUAUUGUGCGUUGUUUUCAUCGCGUCCUCGUGCUGGGGUGCAAUGCUGAAACUGGAACGGUCACGCAGCAACGCCGCCGACUUGUGACUCACUCACGCUGUCAAGAAAGGACGACGCAUUAAAAAAUAAAUAAUAAUAAUAAUAAUAAAAAAAGACCCGCCAGUUUUUGACUCAGCGCGGUUUUCGGUAACUGGAUCGUCCUAACGCGCAUCGUUCCACAUCCAAACGCGGGUCUCCGUUUCUGCACUUCAACAGUGGAGAGUGAGGCGCAUCGGAUCUUGUUGACGUUGACGUUCAUUGUCUUUCAUCCAGCAAGGCGUACACAGAACUUGACAGUCUGCCGUGAGCGACAAAUUCGAGCGGCCAAAACAAAAUCAUUUCAGCAUUGUUGUCAGUGGUCGGUUUAUUAUACUGUGAGACAUUCAGUUUCAAGGAGUGUGUGUGUCACUUCCGGAAUCGAAUCGAUUUCGUUGGUAUAUUUUUGGUUAUAAUCUGACUCGAGUGGUGAGUUUGAGGAAUCAUGUUGUACAACGUCGCCUACUGCAGCAACUACUCGCCCGUCAAUUACCACCAUCAGCAACAGGUGAAACGGCCAAGAACCGACAACGACACCGACGCUUUAUCAGCCGCAAGUAGGCUUGGUGAAACCGGUCACGUGUCCAGCCCUGCCAGCCAAUCAGAAUCGACAUGCGGAUCUCCUGGUGAACAAGGCGGAGGAAGCGGAGGCGGAGGGAAUAGCGGCCAUCCGCCAGAAGGCCAAUCGUCCAUCCAGCAGCAGCAAGGAGUUUUGGUUGGACCCGGUCCCGGUAGCGGUUCGUUGGUAUCCAGGACGAUGACCUCUUCCACACCGACGUAUUCGUCAUCGCCGGCGUCAUGGACACUGGCGACACCUUCAGACAAUUCCUUAGUGAAAUCCGAACUUCUUGGAGCCUCGUCUGAAGGCCAUCUCGGUUCUUCAGAUUCGCCCUUCGUCAGCGACGCUCUGGCUGCAGUCACCGGUGACUACCAAUCGGCCUACGCUGCUUCCUAUUACAGCAGCGCGAUGCAGGCCUACAACAGUCAGUCGACGUCGGCCUACAUGCCCAGCAGUGGAUUUUACAAUGGCGCACCGUCGCAGACGCCUUACGGAGUCCUAGCGCCCUCCACUUACACAACGAUGGGCGUGCCUAGUUCAAGAGCUCUAGGCCAACAGUGCAAAAAUGGCCAAUCAUUAGCACAAACGCCUCCGUAUUUGAGCUCGUACGGGUCAGCAUUCGGAGGCGUCACUGCCAGCAGUUCGCCGUCGGGUCCGCCCGCCUACGCCUCGGCUUAUGGAUCGGCGUACAACAGCGCCGCCGCCCAAUCCUUCACCAACAGUCAACAAGUUCCAACGGUACUCGAUUACGGUACGUAUACGCCGUACGGCCAAGCCAGUAGUUACGCGUCCUACUAUGGCCAGAGUUACGCUCCCUAUGGCAACGGCAGCGUCUCUGGCACAGCGUCGUUGCCCAGCCUAUCACCGACCGGAUUGCCGAGCCUUGGUGGAGUCCCCAACCCGACCAGCGCAGCAACCAACAGCAACAAUGUCUCUGCGUCAACAACCAAUUUCACUUCGGCUGGAUCCUACCAACAGUUGCCGCACGCUAGCCUGACAUCAGCUUCCUCUUCCCUCUCAGAGAGUCCGCCGUAUCCCGUUGUGGAGAACAGCAGUCCACCCCUGACAAUCAAGAGUGAUUCGACCCCAACCAACAACUCUCGGAGGAGUAAGGAGACGUCUGCCGAAGGUGGAUCUAGGAGCGCACGAAAUAGAAACCGAAGAGCACCAAAUCCGUCACCAGACCCCGAAUCAAAUUUGGACCGUGUCUUUAUUUGGGAUCUUGACGAGACCAUCAUCAUUUUCCAUUCGUUAAUGACCGGAUCCUACGCCUCCAGAUUUGGAAAGGACGUUCCCGGCUCGAUCCAGCUUGGAGUCGGCAUGGAGGAGUUGAUUUUCAACCUAUCCGAUACUCAUUUCUUUUUCAACGAUUUAGAGGAAUGUGAUCAAGUCCAUAUCGACGACGUGUCCUCCGACGAUAAUGGCCAAGAUCUCAGUAAUUAUAAUUUCCGGACGGACGGUUUCCAUGCAGCCGCCACCAACGCUAGCCUCUGUCUGGCCACUGGCGUCCGCGGCGGAGUCGAUUGGAUGAGGAAGCUUGCCUUCCGGUACAGAGCCAUCAAAGAGAUUUACAACCGUUAUCGCAACAGCGUCGGAGGGUUGCUUGCGCCUGCCAAGAGGGAGCAGUGGAUCCAGCUGCGGAUGGAAAUCGAAUCGCUGACAGACAAUUGGCUGACUCUAGUCACUAAAUGCCUCGAACUGAUCAAUUCCAGACCCAACGCCGUUAACGUGCUGGUGACGACAACGCAACUCGUUCCCGCUUUGGCCAAAGUCGCACUCUACGGGCUGGGCGGUGUCUUCGCCAUCGAGAACAUCUACAGUGCCACUAAAAUCGGCAAAGAAAGCUGUUUCGAGCGGAUCGUUUCUCGGUUCGGGCGCAAAUGUACCUAUGUCGUUGUCGGAGACGGCCGUGACGAAGAGAGCGCUGCCAAGCAGUUGAAUUUCCCGUUCUGGCGAAUCGCCAGCCACCAGGACAGUGCGGCCCUGUACAACGCCCUAGAUUUGGGGUACAUGUGAGCGUCGUUCGUUUGAAGUAGAGGAUGAUGAUGAAGAAAACAAAAAGGAAAGAGACAAAAGGACAAACAAAUAAUAGGAAAGGAAGAAUCUGCAUGUCCCUUCUCUUGACAACCGGAAUGGAUUGACAAGGACAAGGCUGGAAAAAAGAGAGAAACGGAAAGAAGUUACUCCAUUAUUCAAUGACGUUUAUACAGGGCGAGAUACACACUCGAAGAUUACGUAUACACACUCACAUACAACAAGAAAACAACAUGCCACACAUCAGACUCACAAUGGAAAUCGAAUCGAUACGUUGAAAACGUGUUUGAUACGCCAACAGGGUAGACGUCAUCCACCGCAGUGUGUCCUCCUCACCCAGAUUUCCUCGCAUUUCCUUUCUCCUAUGCACCCCAUCCAUCAGUCUCCUUAUACAUUCUUCGGUGUACUAGAAUUAACAACACCCAUCUCUCUCUCUACAAAACUCAUCGCCCAAUCUACCGCUAUCUUUUAUUCUCGAUCCGAAAGUGGAUCAACUCGCACUGUCGAUUGCACUUAAGAAUUUCAUACGAGUUCAUACGAGUUUGUGUGUGCUUGCAUGUCUGUAUGUGUAAAACCGUCUAAGAUAAUCUUGACAUUUGCUCCUAUACCCAAUGAAAAGAAAAAGAGAAAAAAAAAAUGGAAUUGAAGAUGUGUUUGUUGCGUGUAAUGUACAGUACCUUUUUCCCAUACGUUUUUAUAUGUCAUCGUGAGUGUUUUCUUUUCCAUUUCAACAAGAAAACUUUAAAAAAAAAAUUUUAACAAAAAAAAAAGGAAAAAUAAGCAGCAAAACAAACAACCGUCAUUUUAAAAUUUUGUUUCGGUUGGGACCAUUCUUAUAUUUGAUUUUUGCAAAAAGUUAAAUUUCGUUUUUUUUUGUUUUUUUUUUUUGUUUCUUUCACUUCUAAUUUCUCCCCAUAUAUUCUCUCUGUCGCCACCUCUCUCUCUCUCUCUUUCCGGUGUCUGUUUUUGUUUUUUUUUUGUUUCUGGUUGAAGGACUUUCUUAUAUUCGUGUGACGACGGGGUUUGCGUCAUCCCGCCGAGUUCCCUUCUCUGUAUGCCCGUUUCUGUGUGUAUGCGUGUUGAGUGCGUGUGACUAAAUAUUUUCGAUGAAUUAUGUUUUGGGGGGGGGGGGGGAGAAAUGUUUCCUUAUAUUUGGUUCGUCUAUAGAUACUGAUGGUGAAAGAUGAAAAAAAAAAAACAGACAAUGUCUCUUCUCUUUUUUAAUUUUUCUCCAGACUUUCCAUUCGAUUAUACUUGUUUAAUUCCAGCCCGUAAUCCUUUUUAAUAAAGGCAAGCUUUACAAGAAAAUCAUGUAGAAACCAUUCUGCCAUAUACUCACGGUACACAAAACACUCAAAAACUUGCAAAAAAUUUAAUAAAUAAUAAUAAUGUGUCUUGAUAUUGACAUGAACACAGAUGAUUCCAGCGCGCGCGUUCUUUCUAAUAGUAUAGCCCACACACAAAUGUUCUUGUUAUUUUUGUUGUUUUUUCUUUUGUUUAGGGUGGUUUCUUUUUAAAAAAUUCGAUUUGGAUGUGCAUUUGGAUGUUGUUGCCCAGUCUUUCACAAUGGUUCAUUUUCUAUAUUACUAUACACACCCGAAAAGAAGCAGUAAAGCGUCUGUUCCAAUACAGCCACCCGCAACCGCCACCAUAAUCCGCGCGACUGCUAUUCGGAUUUUCUUUUCUUAAAUCGAAUCAUUUCUCUUGUCUCCGUUCUGUAUAUGGAAGCCGAAAACAAAAUAAGAGAGACGAGCUAUUAGAUGUCGAAUAAUCAAACAACACCCUGUCGAGCGCUUUGUUUCUUCGAUCAUAUGCGCUAGUUGGUGGGUCUGACGUCAUUUCGGUCGACGCCCACUUUUUCUCGUUGAAUUGUUAUUCCCUUAUCCGUAUGUGCUGAAUUCAGCAGCACCUUCAUUCUCGAUCAACUCCAUUCAAGUUCUUUCUCUUUUUUUUCACCCAUUAUAUGAUAUACAGUACAUUCAAUCAAUAUGUCUCGUUAUUGUUUUUUUUUUCUCCUUCUCUUUCGGUGUUAUCAAUUUUUUAUUUUCUCUCCAUGAGCGUGUAGUGACUGAUCCACCCAAACAUGAUUUUUUUUCCCCCACUCUCGAUUCAAUCAGUUUCAUUUUCCGGUUUUUUUUUCUUUCCCCAUUUCCUUCACAAAUUUUUCGAAAGUUAUUAUCGUAUGUGUUCCCUGCUGUAAUCGAAUCCUGGUUACUUUUACAUUAUGUUUCUCAUU